GAUAUCAAAAUUGACGAUAUCAAAAUAUCGUCCAUUUUCAAGUCCAUUGUCUAAUACGGGGCUACCAUAUCAUCCAUCCAUGUGAAUGGCGCUCGCAGGAUUUCUAAAAGAUGAGCCCUACUACUCGCGGAGCGGAACGGUACACGAGACGAGCAUGAACGCCCCUCCUUCCCCCCCCUCGAGAUCCCCUUUUCGCUGAGAAAGAACACGGCGGCCUAUGGACGCUUCUCGCUUCGCCGGCGGGAAAGGUGGCGAGAGCGCGAAAAAAGGAUCCAUCCGACAGACAGACGGCAGUCGUCCGUCCGAUCGGCGGUUAAUGUACGAAGUACGCGCCGCGACGUGACGAGACGGAACGCGAAGCGGAGCGACGUGACCGCGGUCGAUAGGACGCGUAUCGGAGCGGGCUGGAUUACACGGUCGCGCAUGUUCCGUAGGUAGAGGAACCCGUUCUUUCAUUUCGGUGGAUCCCGCUCGGAGCCCACGGGAGCACACGGAAUCGCGGCGACCGUGGUGCACGACGAAAAUGGCCGCCUGACGACGGUGUCGAGGGGCCGAGGAUCGUGUCGUACGCGCAUCGAUCGCGUGCGAUCGACCUCGGAGGACGCGUUUCAAGUGCCGCGUCCUUGGGGGAGAGUGUUCCCCGAGUGUUCGCGUGUGGACGCUGAGAGGACAUGUGCGAGCGUACGGCCAAGAUUGACCCUACCGUGUUAUGGAAAUGAACACACAGGUUGCCUCCCCGUGGAUGCCAAGUUCGUGGAACUCGCGCCGUUCCUAUGGGUCUCGGAGCGUUAAAGCCGGAAGGAAAGCAUGCCCUUCGACGUUCCUUGUUUACAUACCUGUUCUUCGAGAUAUAGAAGGAAGUGGAAGAUGUUUUAACGCGCUGACGGACGUAACGGAGAAUCCUUGGCCCCGGAGGUCCGUUACCUCCGCGAAGGAGGUAAGAGAGCGAAGUGGGUAGAAGAAGCGCUACGAUCCUGUUGACUUCCAUGAUUUUACCUGGCGCAAUUAUGAAAGAAUACGGUCAAUAUCCGACAUAUCCGUGUGCAAUCCGAGUGCGAGCGAAGACUGAAGAGGAAUCAUCAAGUUUAUCACUGCCCGCUUAAAUUGCCAACGUAAACGUCUGCGAUAUACCGAAUAUACAACAGAAUAUCUCGAAUUAAUGCGAAGCAAGGGAAUUCGGUUUCACGGGAAGGAAUUUCGUGCGAGGCGACUUUACGAUUGUGAAUCGCACGCUUGAAAGGAUUCUAACCCUGGAGUGAAAUUCCGCGAAGUUGAAACGUUCAGUGUGAAACGAGGAAGUCGGCUUGCGCCGAAGAAACUCCGUGUGUUCGAAGGAGGCGACAGAAAAGGAAAAUAUCGAGGUUGGCAGGAAUUGAAGAGGAACGGUGCGCGAGAAAUCUCGAUAAUAUCGAUAUAUAUAUAUAUAUAUAUAUAUAUACAUGUAUAUAUGCGAACAAUGAGCAUCGCCGAUUUCCUUAGAAUACGUACAAAGCUGAAUUGAUUGAGAAAGUAGAAAGUAGAAGCUCGAUUUUUUAAAAAUUUUUGUCAAAAAGUCCACAUGGGAAUAACGAGAAUACUCAAUGAGAAUACUCAACAUGUACUUUAAUUAUUUAAGCACUUAAAUAAAAAAAAAAAAUAGAGAAAUAAUCGAAGUGCAAUAAAAUUUUCACAAAUUUUCACAAAAAUAUGGGAAAACGUGUUCUCGCGUAGCGAGUCAGCUGACAAGAGAUUGGAGGCAGUUAGAGGCCAGGCGUCAAUCGGGGAGAAUCGAUCGACAACAGUGGGAUCGUCCGGAUGGGAGUAUCGCCGCUGAGUGUCGCAUUUCCCUGAAGCCGCACCUUCUGCUAGAUGGAACGCAGGACCGAUAGAUAUGGCGCCAGAGAGAUGCGCCAUUCGCGAAGUGAGGAUUUGCUGGGCGCUAUUUCUAGAUCCCCUAGUCCGUGCGUCGAUCUACCGACCACGGCGUCCGAAGACGAUCUGAUUGCAGCCAGUGCCCUCCGAGACUCGGGCAUCUACGACGAGGCUGUCGGGAGCGCAGGGCCGUCGCGGCGCAUUCUCUCGUCAUCGUCUAGAACGGUGGGAGUCCCCGUCGAUCCGGAAGACUCCAUUCGCGACAUCGUCACCGAGAACGACCUAUACAGAUACGUCCUGUUCAAGCGGCACUACGACAAGUAUGUGGAUCUCGCAGAAAAAUACAAGGAGGCGAAGAGCGUCGCUUACUAUUUGGAGGAGCGCUAUCACGAGAUCAAGGCCGAACGAGAUAGAUUGGAGGAUGCUCGAAGGAAUCUGGAGAGACGAUUGGAAGGUUGCGAGUCGGAACUUCGUGGCAAAGAGGAUGAGCUCUUCUUGCAACUGGAAAGAAGUUUGCGGCUGGAAGAAGAGAUCGAACGAGCUAAGGCCGAGAGAAUCAGUUACAUGGAGGCGCAAGAUCGAUUGGAACAACAACGGGAAUCUGCUUUUCGUCGUUUACGGAUGCAACUCGAGCAGAACGAAAUUACAAGGCGGGAUCUCGAGAGAGCGCGGCAAGAUGUCAUCCGGCAGGCCACUAUUAUUCGUAUUGAAAGAGACACUUUAGAAAGAGAGAAUGAAAUGUUGCGGCAGAGAUUGAGAGUAGAACGAGACGAAUUAGGAGCCGAGCGACGUCGCCGAGAGGAAGGUGUUGCGGCAUUAACGAGAGAGACUAUCGCAUUGAAACACGCAACACGUCAUUUGAGCGCCGCGACGUUUCAUGCAACGUCCUGUCGGAAUCGUCGUCGAUGCUCCAUCUGCAUAUACGCUAGACGUACUUUUGCCAAUAUCGAUAAUUAUCGUGACAAUGGGAAUCUCUUGCAGUGCCUUCAAACACCCUUACAAGAUCUUCGUAAUUGGUUACGACCUAAUGUGAUGUCGUCGGCCUGCUCAUCUCGAAUUCCGCAAAUCGAGUCGCCUAAUCGUGAAAUUUCUUACAUCGACGACUCUAGUGUCGAUAGUAGCAGCAACGGUAGCACUAACAGCCGCAGCUGCAGUAGCAGUACUAGCAGUAGCAACAGCGCUUACGACGACGAUGCAUAUCCGAGCACUCCCAUAGCCGAACCUUCUCUUUCUUCGGCCACUUCUAGUGUCCCACAUACCGCAAGAGCCUUUUCCUCGGAUUCAGGGUUUUCCUCAGAGAUAGGGGAUCGCAGAUCGCGAUGUUAUGAUAACGUUGGCAGCAGCACCAGCAGUAGCAGCGGCAAGAGCAGAAAUGUCAGCGAAUCGUUAGAUAGCAACGAAGUUGAUGAUCAGAAUGCAAGUGGAAGGGACGGACUUACCCGUUCGAGAUGGACUUCUUCCUUUCGCAGAUUACUCGGACGAAAAUCGAAGAGUAAGCUCGAUCGUUCCUCAGGAACUGGCAAGACUGAUGAACCGCGAUGAACUAUUUGUAUCAAAACAAAGAUUCGACACAAAUAUAUUAUCCCGUCCUCUUCCCUCUUCCAAAAUAAUCCUGUGGAUAAAUCCAAUUCUUAAUCGAAAUGAAGCAUGUUUUUCAUGUGAAACGUUUCUUCAUGCUUUUUAGAAAAAGAUUUCUUGAAAGAAAUCUUUCUUGAAGAUAUUGAAACUGCCGAGAUUUGCAUACUAAUUUUUUGGGGAGGAUAGCGUACUAGAGGAUUUAUAUAUCAAUUCAGGGAUCUUGGGAUUCCUGAGAAACUAAACUAUAAAUAUAUAAUGUAUGUUUUGAAGCUUCUUAUCUUCAGAGAUAUAAUCGUGACUUUAUUUUUUUCAAGAUUUAUUAUAAAUUAUAUUAAAGAUGAUUCAAGAAACAAUAGAUAUCUUUUAAAAUAUUAGAAAUAAUAUAUAACUUCUAAGUCCCUAUCCACAAUGGAAGAAAUAUUAGGAAUAAGAAUAAAUAUUAAAUUUUAGAAAUAAAAAUUCGAAAUAAAAAUCAAAUGUAACACAUAAUGAAUGCAAGUAGGUAUGGCCAUAUUUUAUACUUACUUGGAUCCAUUAUGCGUUGUGCUUAAUCUUUAUUCUGAAUUUUCAUUUUCAAAAUUUAAUAUUUAUUUCUGUUUCUAAUAUUUUUUUCAUUGUGUAUAGGAUCUAAAACUUUUUAUUUUCUCCUUCUUUGUAUAAUGUCGCACACAGGAAUUUUUAAUAAGAAUUGUAUCUUAUCCUCCAGAAUCCAGAAAUCCUAAGCGUAGAUUUUAAGAUCUUUUAUCUAAUGUAGGAAUUGAAUUUUUAGCAAAUUAAAGAGAAAUACGAAUAUACAUUAAAUUAUUAGAAAUAAUCGCAAUCGAUCGAAUUUGUAAGUAUUUAUUAGAAAAAUGCAUAGAUGAAUUUUAAAGACUUUGAAUUUUAAAACGUAAAGAUUUUGAGAUUUAAAAUAUAAUUUAAAAGAAGAAAUUCGAAUCGAACUAUAAUUAUAGUGCGUUAUUGUUUGCAUUCCGAAUAUUUCUUACGUUGUUAUAUUUCAUUGUUAUCACGGCGAUUGUUAAUGUAUUUGCCAAAGAAUACAGUAACUUAUAAAUGCAAAAGUCAUCAAUUAAUCGCCAUUGAAUUAGAGUUUUAAAUUUACGACAAUUUUUUGUCGUUUGUCAAUAUUAUAUCGUUUGCGAGAAAAGAGCCAGCCCUUUAAAUAUGUCUCUUAAAUAUGGUGGAAAUGGAUGGACCAAAUGCUGACAUGUCACAAUUCUGUUAGGAUGUUGUAAAAUGUAGGAAAUUCCAAUAUGAAUAUUAUACAAAUAAAAAUAUGUAUACGAUGAAA